AUGUAAAAAAUUAAGUUAUUUAUUAAAAAAAGCUAAAUGCUAUAAAAAGUACUCUAGUUUAAACGAAUAAAACACGAGUAAAAAAAAGUUGAAGCUAAAAACGAAACACAAAGACUUUUUACUUCCUGGCAUAAGCUUAUCACUGCUUAUCACAUUCGCUUUUGUCGUGCCAUCGCUAUUUCAAAUUAAACACUUGUUCACUUGUAUUUUGUAAACAUUUGUUUGUUUUUAUAGAUUUUAGUUCAGAGUUCAGUGGCAUCGAUUCCAUGUUAAUGGGAAUCGAAUUUAUUUUACUUUUCUCGACAUAAAUUAUUAUUUCUGAUUCACUUUUAUUAUUUCUUUGAAAAUGGCGCGGAUAAUAAACAGUUUACGAUCCAAGGAAAUAAUUUAAAGUGAACUAACUGUCUUUUUAUAAUACAGAUGUAUUAAAAAGUAUUCAUUAACAUGACCACAGAAGUUGUCUCCACUUUCUUUUGCGAAAAACCACUAGUUUUGGAAAAUGAGAACAAAGAAGUCGAAGAUUUAAGUACUGAGUUCCUUCAUUUGAUUGAUGACCUAAACAACAAACUUGAAAUAUUCCAAUUUCCUGCAGCUAUAAAAUGCAUUUAUAAUCCAACGAUAUACGCAAGACAUACUUUUGAAAUGUACGUUCGUAAAUAUUGUAAUACAAAAAAAUCUAUAAUGUUUUUUGGAAUGAAUCCAGGACCUUUUGGAAUGUCACAAACUGGCGUACCUUUUGGAGAUGUAAGUUCUGUGAGAGAAUGGUUGGGUAUAGAAGGGCCUGUCGGAAAGCCUCCUAAAGAAUUGGAAACUCGUCCUGUUAGAGGUUUUGAAUGUACUAGAACUGAGAUAAGUGGCAAAAGAUUCUGGGGCUUACUUAAAGAAAUAUGUGGAACUCCUGAGAAGUUUUUUGAAUCAAGUUUUGUCUACAACUAUUUAAAUCAGCAAUGGAUGAAGACCAACGGCUGCAACCUUACCCCUGGUGACUUCAAAGUAACUGAAAUGAAAGCAUUGUAUGAAAUUUGUGAUCCAAUCUUUAUUAAAGUUUUGGAACUUUAUAAUGUGCAAACCAUCAUUGCUGUUGGCAAGUUUUGUGAAACUCGUGCACACAAAGCAAUUGAAGCAUAUCUACCAUCUAAAGGGAAAACUAUUAAGGUACUAUAUCUUCCCCACCCAAGUCCACGUACUGUCAACAACAAUAACUGGGAUGAAAAGGCCCUUGAAUAUCUUGAAAGGUAUGAUUUAUUAAAGUAUUAUAAAGAUUGAUUUUUCAAAAUAUUCAGCACCCCCAAACCAUCUGGUGAGUUUGUUUUAAUACAAAAAUAAUUGUGACAGCAUGUGAGAUGUUAAAGGCAGAUUACUUAUUACUUAUGUUAAGAGAAGAAGA